AUGCAGAAGUUGGGCUCUCCCGAGCGAUUCAAGCACAUGGUACGUCAGCUCCACGACGGGAUGAUGGCGUGCGUCACGGACAAGGACACAAGCUCUGAGGCACUCACAGUGACCAAUGGGGUGAACCAGAGCUGCGUACUCCCACCCACGCCCCUUAGUAUCAUUUUCUCCGUCAUCCUCGUGGACGCCUACCGUGAUGAACUACCCAGGCGCUGCAUCGACUACAGGACGGACGGGCACCUUCUUAACAGCCGGCGUAUGCAGACCUCGACGUGUCUCUCCACAGUUACUAUCGAUGAUCUGCUCUUCGCUGAUAACUGCGCACUCAACGGGGCAACCAAUGAAAAAAUGCAACGAAGCAAGGACGUCUUCACCUGCGACUAA